UAAUAAUAAGUUAACUAUAAAACAUAAUCACACUUGUAUUUCUCAGUUUCAUUAUUUUAUUAUUUUUCAGUGUCUUCCUCAUUUAUGGUUUGUCUCAUGCUUGUCUCAACUAACAAUAAUGGGGAUUGUUUUAAGCUGGAUUCUUUCAAAGAGAAUGAAACUUGGGAUAUUAAUUAUUUUUCUUUUAUGCGUUGGUUGUAAUGCAACUGUUGGAGUUUUAACUUACACUCAUGAUCUGCCUCCUUCGUUUGUGCCAUAUUUUGCUAACGGGUCCCCAAGUUUCUUUUUUACAAUAAAUAUUGCUUGGCCUUUAAGUCAUUUUGGACCAUUUGCUUUGGGAAUGCUAAGUGGAAUACUAAUAGCUAGGCGUGAACAGCAUAGAAGCAGAAUGUGCAUCGGAGCAAUUGGUUGGAUAGCUUUUAUAGGGUUACUAUUUUGCAUAUUUUCUGUUCUUUAUUCUUCUCGAGAUAAUUCAUUGGGUGCUUAUUGGUCAGCUGUAUACGCCGGUGCUCACAGAACUGUUUUUGGUGCUUGUGUGGCGUGGAUAAUAGUUGCUGGUGGAUUUGGUGUUGGUGGAUUUGUAAAUAGAAUUUUAUCAUGGAGGAUUUUUGACCCAUUGUAUAAGCUGAGCUUUUAUGCCUUUAUUAUUCAUUUCCUCGUAGUUAGUUACUGUAUUGGAACAAGUAGAACUCAGAUGCCUUAUUCUCAUGUUGAACUGGUCAGUCGAAUCACAUUUUACACAGCUGUUUCAUACGUUUCUGCGUAUUUUCUCUUUAUGCUGCUAGAAAUGCCUUUGGGUUCCUUGAGAUCAGUUUUGUGCCCAAGAAAGACUCAACAGAUAGAUGUGACCCCUCUUAACAAUUUCAAAAUUCCAUCGGUAGAUAUAAUCUCUAAAAACACAAUAGAAGGAUCCGGCAAAGUUUGGUCCAUCUCUGAAACGUAUUAUGGAAAGUUAAAAAUAUAAACUAAACAUGAGGAUAUUUCAUCUUAGAAUAUUAAAAAAAAACAUUUUUAAACACUCUAGUUACAAUGGAAAGCGAUAAUAUGAGACGAAAUUUCAGAGCUUCGAUUAAAUAAAGCACUUAUUUUUGGCUCAUUCACAUCUGUUAAUUUUCUCUUAUGUUCAAUUUUUUUUCUGGCUUUAUGAAUUGCUGUUUCUUCGGUUGAAACGUUUUGCCUUUUUAAACACUAAAAUGGAAAAUAUAUUUCAAGCUAUAGUUAUUAAAAAUGCGGGAUUAAAAAAUUAAAAAAAAUAUUCUUAAUUCUAGUUUAAUUUUAUAAUGAAUCGAACCCUUUUAAUGCUGGUUGUAGAAAAAAUUAUUAGCUGUCUUCUUUUAUAUACUGAAAAAUGCAAGAAAAAAUUCUCCAAACACGCUAAGUAAACAGAUGUUUAAGUAUAGUUUUUGUUUCAAAAAACAAACAUAAAGUUAUAGGUCCUAUUAAAUAAUGAUUUUAAGCCCUUACUAAAUACCAGUUACUUGAAACCAAAUAAAGUGCAUUUUUGAGUUUUAAAGUGUUUUUUAAUUUAAGUUAAGUACGUUUUAUGCAAAUGAUUUAGAAAAAAGAGCUACGUUUGAAAUUAUGAACAAAUUGCAAACUAUUUUCAUAAUCCAUUCAUAAGCCAUAAACAUAUUCAUAUUUAUAAUUUAAGUAUGUCUUUGAGUUAAAAUAUUUCACUCAAUUACAGAAUUGUAUGUAUUUUUAUAAAUGCAUGUAUGUUUAUAUCUUUAUUUAUUUGAAAUUUUGUGUUGUUUUUUAAUAAAAAGCUCAAAUUGCAUGCAAUAAUUGACGGAAAUUCAUUAUUAGGAAAAUAGGUGACGUAUUUCAGUUCUGCACAUUCUACGUUCUGUAUAGCUUACUACGUAUUCAACGCCUUUAAUAUGCAUUUCUAGAAUUGAAGCAAAAAAUUGUGUUCAAAAAUAUACUCAAUAAGUAAUGAAAAUUAAUAUUUAAACGAAGAGGAAGAAAUAUCAUUCAUUAAAUACUGAUACAAUUUUAAUAAAAAAAUAAUAUAAGCAACAAAACAUGUUUGAUUUUCUCAGGAAUUUGACUGAAAUUAAAACGAGUUUUUUGAAAAACCUUCUAGUUUCAUAGUGCAAUCAAACUGAUUUUAAUAUUUUCUUUAUCUAAAUAUCUUCAACAAUGGUUUGACAGAUUUAAAUAAUGGUUUUGUUUUCCCUCUCUUAAAUAUUUUUCAUGAUCUCAAUAUGCCUAUUUUUAUCAUUUUUCUUUUUACAAGAAAUUUAGAAACAUUAGUUAAGCGCAGUGAUUUUUAAACAUCCUGCAUUUAAAAGUCAUAUUGCUGUAAAAGUGCUAAAAUGCAAUAAAAGAUAGCAUACUCAGGGAGUUUACUUCAUUUCUGGAAUAGAUGAAACCGAUCAUAAUUUUCUUGAUGAAAUAAAAAGAAAUGCAACAAAUGAAACAAUGCUGCACCAUUUUAGCAACUUCUUUAAUUGGCUGAUGCUGUAUUUAUGUGAUUCAAUAAACUAUUUGAAUUAAAGCAAAA